CCUGUCAAAUUAUUUCUCCUUUUGGACUGCUAAUUUAAAGGUAAAUUAAGGACCCCAGCUAAAGUUCGAUCAAUGACUUUCAGAACUUAGUGCUUAAAUCUGUCUCUCCCUUCCCACCCACAAUGUGUAUUGCAAAAAUAUUAACAUUAUUCUGUUAUAAGGUACAGUGCUGCAUGCAAUGGGACAUUUGACUCCUACCUAUGGUGCGCCUGGUGGUAUUCCAGAUACAGAAUGCAAAAAAACAACAACCAUGUGAUCUGGCUUAUACAGCAGCCAUGCAACCUCCUUCAGGAGGGUGUGGUCUUCCAGAGGGUUCACAUUCCCACAACUGGAAUGAAAAAGGAAGGAAGCAGCGUUCGCAUGGAAAAUGGCCAAAGGAAAUAUGGAGGGCCGCCACCAGGCUGGGAUGGACCACCACCAGAAAGAGGCUGUGAGAUUUUCAUUGGAAAAUUACCCCGUGACCUCUUUGAAGAUGAACUCAUCCCGUUAUGUGAAAAAAUUGGAAAAAUCUAUGAAAUGCGGAUGAUGAUGGACUUCAAUGGAAACAACAGGGGAUAUGCUUUUGUGACAUUUUCUAACAAACAGGAGGCCAAAAAUGCAAUCAGGCAACUGAAUAAUUAUGAAAUUAGGAAUGGUCGGCUCCUAGGGGUUUGUGCCAGUGUAGACAACUGCCGUUUAUUUGUAGGAGGAAUCCCGAAAACGAAGAGGAGGGAAGAAAUUUUGGCAGAGAUGAGGAAAGUUACAGAUGGUGUCAUUGAUGUCAUUGUAUAUCCCAGCGCUGCCGAUAAAGCCAAGAAUCGUGGUUUCGCUUUUGUGGAAUAUGGAAGCCAUCGGGCAGCAGCUAUGGCAAGGCGGAAACUGCUGCCAGGAAGGAUACAAUUAUGGGGACACCCCAUAGCUGUAGACUGGGCAGAGCCAGAGGUUGAGGUUGAUGAAGAUACAAUGUCAUCAGUCAAAAUCCUCUAUGUGCGAAAUCUUAUGUUAUCAACCACGGAAGAGACAAUUGAAAAAGAAUUCAACAAUAUUAAACCAGGGUCAGUGGAACGGGUAAAGAAAAUCAGAGACUAUGCAUUUGUGCACUUUAAUAACAGAGAAGAUGCUGUUGAAGCCAUGAAAGUGUUAAAUGGGAAGGUGGUGGAUGGCUCUCCCAUUGAAGUCACAUUAGCCAAGCCAGUAGACAAAGACAGCUAUGUUAGAUACACCAGAGGCACAGGAGGGCGAGGAACAGUGUUGCCAGAAUAUACUUAUACAUUUGGGCACGUAUAUGAUCCUACUGCAGCCUACCUGGGAGCCCCAGUAUUCUAUGCACCUCAAGCCUAUGCUGCUAUUCCCAACCUUCAUUUUCCCGCUGCGAAAGGACAUCUCACCAACAGGGGCUUUAUCAGGCCACCAUCCAUCAGAGAAAUUUACAUGAAUGUACCUGUAGGGGCUGCCGGAGUUAGAGGACUAGGAGGACGUGGCUACUUGGCUAACCCUGCCCUGGGUCGUGCAUACCAGCUCAAGGGAGAGAAAAAAGGGGAGGACAAGCUCUACGACCUUUUGCCAGGAAUGGAGCUUACGCCAAUGAAUCAUGGCAGUUUAAAACCGCAAGGAAUCAAACUUGCUCCACAGAUAUUAGAAGAGAUCUGCCAGAAGAAUAACUGGGGACAGCCAGUCUACCAACUUCAUUCUGCCAUUGGGCAAGACCAAAGACAGCUGUUCUUGUACAAAAUCACCAUUCCUGCCCUUGCCAGUCAAAAUCCAACUAUGCAUCCCUUCACGCCAUCCAAGCUAAGUGCCUAUGUAGAUGAAGCCAAAACAUAUGCAGCAGAAUAUACUCUUCAGACCUUGGGCAUUUCCAUUGAAGCAACAGAGGCCCCUGCGGCUACAGCAACUUUCCCAGGAUACAUUGCUAAUGCAACUGCCGCAGUGACAGCUACUCAGCUCAAGCAAGCAGUGACUCUGGGACAAGAUUUGGCAACCUACGCAACCUACGAAGCUUAUCCAGCAUUUGCAGUAGCUACUCGGAGUGAUGGAUAUGGAGCAUUCUAAAAAAAAA